UGAUCGUUCUGUCAAAAUGGAGUACCAGGUACUGGUACUCGUAGGACACAGUGUACUAGAGUACCGGUACACCCGCACAACGGUCAAUUAUUAGACAAGAACUGGCACUGGAUCAUUCCAGUUUACUCCCAGUCCCGAAGCAGCUGGCAUGCCAACUCGUCGAAAAUGCUUCUGUAGAGUUUCCCAUGGUAGCUUUUGGGUAGUGAAAGUCAGAACAUUGCAGAAUGCCUUGGAGAAGAGAAUGCGAUUUCUUCAGAGGCCUGCCAGUCACCACUGUUUUAAUCUUCUUGCCGCUGACAGCUCCGCUGACCAACAAGCUACUACUGUAGUAGUAGUAGUAGUGCUACCUCAAAAUAAGCCACAGACCUAUCCAAGCUGCUGAACGCCAAGAUUAUCCUUUUGCUACAGUUGGUAAAGUAAGUAUCAUGGAAGACGGUCUCGAGAACCACAGCCACAACGAAGGAGUUGGUGGUGAACAUGGGGACGCACUGGUAGCCCAUGGAGACCAAGAUUAUGUUGCACCAGAAGAAGGAGAAGAAUCAGAGGUGGCUGACUUUCAUGAACGAAUAUUGAGUUGUGAUGACCCUCGUCGGAUGGAGAUCUCCCCAGAAGAACGAGAGUGGGCUGAAGACAUCAAGGCAGUGAUUGAGGGAAUUGAAGAGAUUGACAAUUUAUCGGACUUUAUGUAUGCUCAAUUGGCCAUCAUCCAUGGAGAAGAUAUCAGUACUGCCGUGGAGAUUGCCAAUAGAUUACAGGAGGCAAGACAGGAGUAUGAUAUAGAGGAGACCUUUGAAGAUGGGGUUGUCAAGCUUCAAAAAUUGAUAAGAUUGUGCCCAAAGGCUAACAUGUACUUUGGAUACAACAAUGAAAGAGGAUGCUACACCCAGGUCUUUGACUAUGGAAAACUUGACAUGGAUUUGAUGAAGCAGGAGAAGAAUGCACAUGCCACCAUCGCAGCCAGCUAUUACCAGUAUCAUUGCUUUGCUCCUGACUUCGAAGCAGUGCGAAAAGGAACAAUCUGGAUUGCAGAGUGCCAGGGGUAUCAGUGGAUGCCAAAAAGGGGAGGUCUCAGGUAUUCAGAAAGAUUCUGGAACGACUUGGGCAGCGCUUAUCCGCAGACAAUCCAAGAAUACAACUGUUUUCACACUCCUGCCAUGUUCAAUGUGAUGAAAUCAAUGUUGCGACCCUUUAUUGCGCAGGACAUUUAUUCCAAGAUCAAUUUGGGGUGCAGCUUUCCUGGAGGUAGGCUCGAUUCAGUCUACAUGAUUCCCACUCCUCAAAUUGCUGAGCAACGUGUCCUCUCAAAAUGGCAUGAGGCACUUGAAUUGCGAUUCGCCAAUGAACAGUCUUUUGCUUUAUAGAUAUUCCAUGUAUGGGAUGGGUAGCAACUAGAGUGGUUCGCAGCCACCCAACCGACGUCUCACAAGGCUCUUCUGUGGGAUCAUGGAUAGGAAGCUCCAAGCCUGCAGUUGUUUUGACAUCAUCUCAUACGAGAAAUUCGUUGGCACAUUUUAGUACCUUUUCUUUUGAGAUAGCUAGCUAGCUAGGCCAAAGAUCAAAUCGUACCGGUAGCCAAUUGCACCGGUAGGAUCUCAGCCAUGG